UAUACAUACCUUCUGCUGUCGGUCUCCAUGUGCAUACAAAUAUUUCACUGGAUUAUUACAAUUAAUGGCAAAAGAAAUGUUUUAACAUGUAAACUAUAAACGACUCAAUAUGCUAUAAUUGUUGUAUUUCUUUUUUUAUAGGUAAUAAGGAAGCUCAAUAUAAGUUUACGCGUUCCCACACGCAUCACAGGCGGAGUUUGUAGCGUGAAGAUGAAAAACUCGUUGUGCAAUUUAUUACAGCGGUGCGGGAGAUACUUCAGACUCUGAACACAGCAGCACAAAACUGGACAUCUACUCUCAGCAAGAGUGUGAACUGCUUUGAAGCGAAGAGCCGGUUAUAUUUUGCGGAUUAGUAUAUGUACGUGAGAUGGAGAAUCUGUAAUAUUUCCUGAGGGCGCUGAGAAUGAAGAGUCUUGUCUCCUGGAAUACACUCGGGGAAAUUAUGAUUUUUGUGACAUGUAGACAUGCGGAUUUACUUUUUUCUGCCUAAACUUAAUUGUUUAUGGAAUUUGGGGAGAAAUGUAGAAAUAUCCAGACAACCAGUACGAAUCAACUGCAGCAGUAUUGGGAGUGUUGUCUAUCAAAAUCUUUAAGAAUCACACACUGGGAUUGCAUUUUUGUUUACAUAAACCAAUCUUUCAAUCAGUCUUAUGUUAAUAACCAUACAGAGAACAUAGCGGUGGUCUUCCUGGGACGGAUAAAACGGGAAGCUAAACACGGUAAUAAAUCCAUUCCAUCGAUUUGGACUGACAUCAGUGGAAGAACAUCUUAUCAGAAUGUUGUUCAAGCUGAAGUUGAUGCGCUCGGGGUGGGGUGGAGUCACGGACGCACGACACGGAGUGGUCGCCAUUACCUUUUGUGCCUUCUUUAUGCAAGUGUUUGUGGAAGCUAGCUCAUGGUGGUCUCUAGCGAUGAAUCCCCUCCUGAUACCAGAAGCAUAUAUCAUAGGAGGACAGCCACUGUGUAGUCAACUAACAGGACUGUCCAAAGGUCAGAAGAAGCUUUGCCAGCUAUACCAAGAUCACAUGCAGUUCAUUGGAGAGGGUGCCAAGACAGGCAUCCAGGAGUGCCAAUACCAGUUUCGCAACCGCCGCUGGAACUGCAGUACAGUGGAUAACACCUCAGUGUUUGGCAGAGUCAUGCAGAUAGGGAGCAGAGAGACAGCAUUCACAUACGCUAUCAGCGCUGCUGGCGUGGUCAAUGCAGUGAGCCGUGCCUGCAGAGAGGGGGAGCUGUCGAGCUGUGGCUGCAGCAGGGCAGCGAGACCUAAAGAUCUGCCACGAGACUGGCUGUGGGGCGGCUGUGGUGACAACCUGAAUUAUGGAUACCGCUUCAGCAAGGAGUUUGUGGAUGCACGUGAACGGGAAAAAACUUUCACCAAAGGUUCUGUGGAAAGUGCAAGACUGCUGAUGAACCUUCAUAACAAUGAAGCGGGACGGAGGAUAGCGUCAGAUCUCGCCCAUGUGUCCUGUAAGUGUCAUGGCGUGUCUGGCUCUUGCAGCCUUAAAACAUGCUGGUUGCAACUUGCUGAUUUCCGCAAGGUGGGUGAUGCUCUGAAGGAGAAAUACGACAGCGCCGCUGCCAUGAGGCUGAACAGCCGCGGGAAGCUCGUUCAAGUUCACUCCAAAUUUAACUCUCCUACCAGCAGUGAUCUGGUGUACAUCGACCCCAGUCCAGAUUACUGCGUAGAGAACAAAACUACUGGCUCUUUAGGAACUCAAGGUCGCCUCUGUAACAAGACGUCUGAAGGCAUGGAUGGCUGCGCUCUCAUGUGUUGCGGUCGAGGUUACGAUCAGUACAAGGCACAGCUGGUUGAACGUUGCCACUGCAAGUUUCACUGGUGCUGCUACGUCAAAUGCAAGCGCUGUUCGCGUGUAGUUGACCAGUUUGUGUGCAAGUAGUAGAAUGAGGCAUGUAAUGAGAGCGUAUGAAAGAAGAUGAGAAGGAAAAACUAAAUAAAUUAUUUUUAUAGAGCUGAUUGAUUUUUUGCUAUCAAUUUCUAAGUACUAGGUACAAGACAAUCUAAACUGCAAAUAUCAUUAUAUAUUUAUUUUUUGAUAAAUAUGAUUUUGGAGUCCUCUUAUAUGCAAUGUAAAUGAAAGUCUUUCAGUCAGUCUGAGCAUUAUGCAUUCAUUUUGGGAUUUCACAUGUGAAAACACACUGUAAAAAAAAAAAAAAAAAAAAAAAAAAAAAAGAGGUUUUCCUGUAAAAUAUUUCAACUUCCUUAAAACCAGUUUGUAUUUGAGAAUAAGACUUGUUCCGAAAUUGUCAAUGAAGCUGGAAAAAGCAAAUUUUUUUGUAAUACGUUUGUAUUAUCAUUAUUCGAUUUAUGUUUAAAACAAGAUCAGUCAAUUUGGGUUAAGAAAGAUAAAUUUGAUUUAUGAUAUUGUUUUAUCUUGCACAAUUUUACUUUUCAAGUAAAAGUAUCUUAAACUAGAUACUAAAGAAAUACAGCUGAAUCAGGUUGAUGAGUUGAAUCAGUUUAGAUGAGGGCGACAUACACAAUGUGCAGGGGUAGGGCAUCUCCAGGACAGACUUGAGUUAACUGUAUACCAAAAUAUACAUAUUUACUGUACAGUAUGACAUCAUCUCACACUUUGCGGAUUUGCAUUUAAAAUCUAACAAACUGUAUGCAUUGUGGUUCAUCUACUUCUUUUGCAACCAUGUACCAUACCUUCAGAUUUUUGUGCAGUCCCUGUAAAU